AUUUUCCCCUGAGAAGGAGCUCUCACCGGGUUCAUAACCGGCUAUUCCGGUUCCAUGGCCUUUGUCAAUUGCUCAUAACUACACACUAUAUAAAGUCACCAAAGCUUGAACAGAGAAGAUGCAAAAGCAAGUAAGAAGAGAGUGAGCAAGAAGUAGGGUUUUCAAAAAAAAAAAAAAGCUCUUCAUUUUUUCCAAGUUUUGAAUUCCAUAUUAAAGGAAUUUUUUAAGUUCUGAAAAAAUGCCGAUCUCGAGAAUUGCCGUCGGAACUGCAUCCGAAGCAAGUCGCCCAGAUGCUCUAAAGGCCGCUUUGGCUGAGUUCAUCUCCAUGCUCAUUUUCGUCUUUGCUGGUGAAGGCGCUGGCAUGGCUUUUAACAAGCUAACAGACGAUGGGUCAACCACACCAGCCGGACUGGUUGCGGCGGCCCUAGCUCAUGCCUUUGCUCUGUUCGUGGCAGUUUCGGUUGGUGCCAACAUUUCUGGAGGUCAUGUGAACCCUGCUGUCACAUUUGGUGCCUUCUUGGGUGGUCACAUAACCUUGUUGAGAAGCAUUUUGUAUUGGAUCGCCCAAUGCCUCGGAUCAGUUGUUGCUUGCUUGCUUCUCAAGUUCGCAACUGGUGGACAGGAAACAUCAGCAUUUUCCCUAUCAUCUGGUGUUUCAGUGUGGAACGCACUGGUUUUCGAGAUAGUGAUGACCUUUGGUCUGGUUUACACCGUGUACGCCACGGCCGUGGACCCCAAAAAGGGUAACAUAGGCAUUGUUGCACCCAUCGCAAUUGGUUUCAUUGUGGGCGCCAAUAUCUUAGCUGGAGGUGCCUUCGACGGUGCAUCCAUGAACCCAGCGGUGUCUUUCGGCCCAGCUGUGGUUAGCUGGACGUGGGACAGCCACUGGGUCUACUGGCUCGGCCCGUUCGUGGGUUCUGCCAUCGCCGCCGUGGUCUAUGAAGUCAUCUUCAUAUCCCCAAGCACUCAUGCGGCGCUCCCCACCACAGACGACUACUGAGAAUUACUAUUGUUUGUCUGUCUCUGUCUCUAGCUGUCCUCCUCUAAGGGGUCCUCUCUUCUCUCGAAAGUGGUGAAGGUGUAUGUGUGUUUAGCGUUGUUUGGUUUCAUUUUCCAGGAGUUGGUGUGCAGGCCUGCUUUUGGCUGUUGUUUGUUGUGAAUUCAGCAUCAUGUGAACUUUGUCUUGUCCCUUCGGGAAUCAAUUGUUGAUCGAAAUUGUUCAUCUGUGU